AUGCCGAGCCAGCUGGAGGGCGCCAUGGACGCGCUGAUCGCCGUCUUCUACAACUACUCGGGCCACGACGGGGACAAGUACAAACUGAACAAGGGCGAGCUCAAGCAACUGCUGCACACCGAGCUCACUGACUUCCUCACGUCGCAGAAGGACCCGCUACUGGUCGAGAAGAUCAUGAGCGACCUGGACUCCAACAAAGACAACGAGGUGGACUUUAACGAGUUUGUGGUGCUGGUGGCGGCGCUCACCGUCGCCUGCAACGACUUCUUCCAGGAGCAGAAGAAGAAGGCGACCAAGUAG